GCCGAGCCCAGCCUGGGGGUCAGGCUUUCUCACCUCCCACAGCAAAGUACUAAUUAAAGCGUUAGACUGACUAGUGGAGUCACCUCGACCAGCCGUUUUAAUUUUUUGAUUUUUGAAUAGUUCAGCCACUAUUCCAUCAAGUAGCCGUGAACGCUCUGUGCCAGGGUACUUCGCUAGCUCCGGAGAUUCUGUAAAGAGACCUGCAACAAGCCAGUUAACCAGAAGAUAAAAAACGUUCGAAUCAAAUCAAAAAGGACCAGAAGAGUCAGUUUCUGCAACCGCGAGGAAAUUCUGGCUCUAGAGUCUUAGGACUCAAAGAGGAGCAGGAUCGAGUGACUUGAUGGAGUGCCUGCCGGCUCUGUGAAGGGCAAUGUGCAUCAUGGAUGCCGAACCUGCGGGGGAAGCUGGCCUUAGCGCUUCUCUCAUCUCACAAUGUUUUACCCCAGUCAUAUAUCCACAUGAGUGGGUCUCUGGACAUUUCUCGAAAAUGGGAAAAGAAGAAUAAAAUUGUUUAUCCUCCACAGUUGCCUGGAGAACCUCGGAGACCAGCAGAAAUCUACCAUUGUCGAAGGCAAAUAAAAUACAGCAAAGACAAGAUGUGGUAUUUGGCAAAAUUGAUACGAGGAAUGUCCAUUGACCAGGCUUUGGCUCAGUUGGAAUUCAGUGACAAAAAGGGGGCCCAAAUAAUUAAAGAGAUUCUCUUAGAAGCACAAGAUAUGGCAGUGAGAGACCACAAUGUGGAAUUCAGAUCCAAUUUAUAUAUAGCUGAAUCGACUUCAGGGCGAGGCCAGUACCUGAAACGCAUCCGAUACCAUGGCAGAGGACGCUUUGGGAUCAUGGAGAAGGUUUAUUGCCAUUACUUUGUGAAGUUGGUGGAAGGCCCCCCGCCUCCACCUGAGGCACCGAAGACAGCAGUCACCCAUGCCAAAGAGUAUAUUCAGGAGCUCCGCAACCGGACCAUUAUUCACACUCUGUGAUGGGGAAUUCAGACUCUACAGUGUAUAUAUUUUGCCAUUUAUUUCUUAAAAACAAACAGAUUAAAGAUAAAUGCUUUUUAUUGCAACAUGAAGUAUAAUUGCUCGUUUUAUAUGAAUAUGUAUAAGGCUUUGCCCAUCUUUUUUGAGCCUCUGGGUAUAUUUGUGCAUUUGCAACUUGGAAGGGGAAAUCAGCUUUAAACAGUAGCACUACAAUUCAGAAGGCUUUUUUGAAUACCUUUGGAAGGGAAUGUUAACUUUCCAAAAGCAGGUGGCAGUUUUGAUACUGGACUUGAGUAGAAUGUUACAGAAUAAGAAAUACAGAAUAAGUUAUACAGAAUAACACUUAUUCUUAUACAGAAUAAGUUCUUGUUUUACUUGAUCUUCUCGGGACUGGGGAGGAGGUGGUGGAGGAGAGCAUAGCUACAUGUAUUUUAGGGCAUUCUGUAGUUCUGUUUCUACUUUCACUGUUGGCAUAGCCCGGUGGGCAAGACAUUAUAUUUUCCUUUACUGCUUUAGCAGUGACUUGAAAUUACAGAAGUUUAUUAGAUACAUUAAUCUAGAACUCCAAGAACCCUCUAACUGAGAAAGUUUUCUUCUAGUUAAAUAAAGACUGUUUUCAUGUCUCCUUCCAACAAUGCUUUCUAUUGCUUGGUUAUCUUGUUGAGGAUUGAUUCAUUUUUCAGAGUAAAUUCAAUUACCUAGAGAAGAAUUGAACCAGUCUGAGCAUUGCAUUCUAAAAUAAGGCAGUAGGUGGCACUCAUUUACCUCUUAUUAACAGAAAAUUGUUAGUAUUAAGUUUGAGUGUUCAGCACUACCUGGCUCUCAUUGAUACAAGUGUUUUCACUGACAAGAAGCCCUUGGUCCACACCCCUAGUCCGAUGCUACUCAAACUUUGGUAUACAUAGGAGGACCGUGGGGUACUUGCUUAUUAUUCCAGUCUUCUGGGUCUCUCCCACAUGACUGAUUCAUGAGGUCUUGUGAGGGGUGAGUUUCAGAAGUCUAUAUUUAAAAAAAAAAAACAAAGACUUCUGGAUGAUUUUGUUUAUAUGGAACCGCACUUGAGAAUACUCCUCUAGUCUGAAGAAUGUGGUUAUAGUGCCAUGUUUUAAGAUGGCAUUAAUGAUUACUACUAUUUACUGGAACCUCAUUAUUUGCCAAGCUCUGUGCUAGUAUUUUUCAUAACUCUUCAUAGUAUCCUGCAAACCAAAGGUAUUAUUUUGUCACUUUAUAAAGGAAGAAACUAAAGCACACAGAAUUCAAAUAACUAUUUCAGUGUUACACAGAGUAUAAAAAUAUUGGAGUGAUGAUUUUUUUAAAAAGAUUUUACUUAUUCAUGAGAAUACACAGGAGAGAGAGGCAGAGACACAAGCAGGGUCCAUGCAGGGGCCCGCCAUGGGACUCAAUCCUGAGUCUCCAGGAUCACACCCUGGGCUGAAGGCAGCAGUAAACUGCUGAGCCACCUGGGCUGCCCUGGAGCAAUGAUUUACAGUAGGUUUCUAAAGUACCUGGUUCUGUCUACCCAAUGAAUAUACAGGUGGGUUUUUGUGCUCCGGUUAACCUGUGGCGUGGUUGAGAAGACAAAGGGCUCAGUGGAAUAAACCACUAAGGCUUAGGACAGAUUCAUUCUGGGUCCUAAGUUACUGUGGCAUGGAUUCAUGGAAAUAGUAUUAUUUGGAGUGGUAAAAUCUUCAUUCUAGUCCUUGAAUACUCACUAACCAGUAAGAAGACUAUGAGCAGGUCCCUUCCUUCCCUGGCCUCUAUUUUGCUCAUCUAUAAAACAAGAGGUUCAUUGUUUCUUUUAGACCACCUUCCGAAUCACUUGAAGAGUUGGUUAAAAAAUGCAAAUUCUGGGUGGUACUCUCAUACUAAGUGAAUCUGAAUCUGAGGUGAACACUUGAACAAAUGCACCAGUGAUGUGCAUACUGGAGAAUCACUGGACUAGAGGGUCUUUGUGCUCUCUCAGUGCAGAUGUUCCAUGAUUCUUAGCCGAGGAGUCCUUAAUUCCUCAGGCAUGACUCAAGCCAAGUGGUGAUGUGGACUCCAUAACUAUUUUCAAAGAGUUAAGGGCUAAACAGACCUUGGAUUCUAAUGAAGGAAAUUUGAUGUGAUCUAAGGUGAAGCUUUCAUCUGGAAAUGCUUCUGAUGUGUUAAAAUGUGUAAUAGUGAAUGUACAGCUCUGUGUAUCUAGCACUGUCUUAAGCACUCUUAUGUACAUCAUCUCAAUGAAUGUUCCC